ACCCGAUCGGAUUCACCAGAGAGAAGACGACAAUUGCACUGGAAGUCUGCCACGCCCUGACUUAUCUUCACUCCCUGUCACCGUCGAUUAUCCACAGAGAUCUCAAGUCGAGGAAUAUUUUAUUAAGCAGUGAUAUGAAGGCGAAGCUUUCGGACUUUGGAAUAUCUCGAGAACGACUCGACAAAACUAUGACUGCUGGCGUUGGGACUUCUCUCUGGAUGGCGCCCGAAGUUAUGCUUGGCGAACGCUACGAUGACAAAGCGGAUGUGUUCUCUUUCGGGGUGGUGCUGUCUGAGUUGGACGUCCACUCGUUACCAUACGCUACAGCGAAGAAAGAGAAUUUAGACGCGAAGGGCAACCCCAUACCCGACUCAAUCUUGCUACAGCGAGUGGCGUUGGGCAUCGUGAAAGUCGAGUUUUCUGAUGCUUGUCCGGAGGCGAUAGUAGAGCUUGGUCGAGCGUGCACAUCGGUGUAUCCGACAGAGCGCCCCACUGCAGCAGAGGCACUGUACAAGCUCCAACUGAUUCUGUCGUUGAAAAACCUUCUCGGACUCAAUCGGCUACAGAAGUAAAUUAAUUAACUAGAAAUCAUGUGAAGAGCUCGGGAACUCAAGUACAGAUAUCUUGGUCGCUCUGCCAAGUGGAUGAGCUCAUACUUCAGAGUAGUAUUAAUACAGUCUGCACCGCCUAAAGGGACUCUCAAUGAUA